AUGGGCGAUGCAGAAAAAAAUAUAACAUUAUUUGAGGUUAAAAAUCUAAGUGGAAUUGGAUUUUAAGAUAGGAACCUAAUAUUUUACCAUUUUUAAUAAACGCCUAACCUACUUAGGAAAGAAGAAAACUUUCUAAUCAGUCCUGAUCUCAGUUCAGGAUGGUUUAAAUAUCAUAUGGUACUAUAUAAUAAUUUAUGGAGCAUAUAUACUAAUGGUGAUUUGAUAAUGACUGUGCCUGAUUUGACUGGUAACUAUGAGAAAAUUGAAUUUAGUUCUAUAGAUAUAAAUGUCACUAGUGAUACAAAUUACAAGAUGAAGAUAUCUGAAAUAGCCAUCUUUGGUUAUCCCUUAUCUCAAUCCUCAAUCAUCAAAAAUUUAAACUCUAAGAUCCGUAAAGAUAUGUAUCUUAAUACUCUCCUAGUCUAUUAUCAAUUAGACGAGAGUUACGGUUAUAAAUUCUAUGAUUACUCUAGAUAUGAAAGAUAAACUAUAUUAAGUAAUUUUAAUCGUAUUUACUGGGAUUAUAAUCCUAAAGGUAUUUAAGGCUCAAACUUAAUGUCGCAGCACUCUGAGAUUUAAACAAGAGAUAAAGCACUUUUCUUUAAGUAUUAAGUUGAUAACUAAACAUAGUUUAACUUUGUAAAAAAUAAUGUCAACAUAGGCUAAGACCUUUCUUUGAGUUUUUGCUAUAGAUUUUUAAAUGUUUCCGAAAUAUUACUCAAAAAAGGCGUCAUUAUGUUUGAUAUAAUCGAUAGUUGGAACUGA